UCUCGGAAAAUUUUGAUAUCCGAGAACCUGGAUGAACCCAGAGCUAUUGUCCUGGACCCCAUGAAUGGCUACAUGUACUGGACCGACUGGGGCGAGCAUCCCAAGAUCGAGCGGGCCCACCUGGAUGGAACGGAGCGGUUGGUUCUGCUCAACAGCUCUCUGGGCUGGCCCAAUGGACUGGCGAUCGAUUACGCGGAAGGAAAGCUAUACUGGGGGGACGCCAAGACCGACAAGAUAGAGGUGAUCAACGUGGACGGCAGUAACAGGCAGACUCUGCUGGAGGACAAGCUGCCCCACAUCUUCGGCUUCACCCUGCUGGGGGACUACAUCUACUGGACAGACUGGCAGAGGCGCAGCAUCGAGAGGGUCCACAAAGCCACGGCCGUGCGAGAGAUCAUCAUCGAUCAGCUGCCAGAUUUGAUGGGGCUGAAGGCCACCAAAGUGACAGAGACGCAUGGUACAAAUGGCUGCGCGGAGGAUAACGGCGGAUGCAGCCACCUUUGUUUCUGGUGUCGGCAGGCUGUUAACUGCGCCUGUCCCAUGGGGAUGGAGCUCCUCUCAGACCUGCAGUCCUGUGUGGUGCCGGAGGCCUUCCUGCUCUUCACCAACAGGGAUAACAUCAGGAGUAUCUCUCUGGGUACCAACAGCAACGACGUGCCCAUUCCUCUGACGGGAGUGAAAGAGGCCUCCGCUCUCGACUUUGAUGUCUCUGAAAGGAGAAUAUACUGGACAGACAUACAGGCCAAGACAAUCAGCAGAGCAUAUAUGAACGGCAGCUCUGUAGAACAUGUCAUAGAGUUUGGGCUGGACUACCCAGAAGGCAUGGCCGUCGACUGGAUGGGUCGCAACAUCUACUGGGCCGAUACAGGCACGAGCCGCAUCGAGGUGGCCCGGCUGGACGGCCAGUACCGUCAGGUUCUGGUCUGCAAGGAUCUUGACAACCCGCGCUCGCUGGACAACCCUCGAUCACUGGCGCUGGACCCGGCCAAUGGCUACAUGUACUGGACAGAGUGGGGGGGUCGACCUCGUAUAGCCAGAGCCUACAUGGAUGGCAGCACCGUCACAACCCUGGUGGACAAAGUGGGCCGGGCCAACGGACUGACCAUCGACUACGUAGACCAUCGCCUGUACUGGACUGACCUGGACAUGUGCAUGAUCGAAAGCACCAACAUGCAAGGCCUUCAGAGGGAGAUCAUCGUAGACGACCUCCCUCACCCCUUCGGUCUGACUCAGUACCGGGACUUCAUCUACUGGACGGAUUUUAACCUGCGCAGCAUCGAGCGGGCAGACAAACGCAGCGGACUCAACCGCACGGUGGUGCUGCAGGGCCAGCUGGAGCUGAUGCUGGACAUCCUGGUGUUCCACUCCUCCCGCCAGGAGGGAACCAACGAGUGCUCCCACAACAACGGCAACUGCGCCCAUCUUUGCCUGGCCACGCCCGCCGGUGCCCAGUGCCGCUGCGCCUCCCACUACACUCUGAACCCCGAUGGACGAAAUUGUAGCUCUCCCUCUAGCUUCCUGCUCUUCACCCAGAAGGCGAGCAUCAGCCGGAUGGUGCUGGGAGGGCAGAGUCCCGACAUCAUCCUGCCCAUCCACGUCCUCAGGAAUGUCCGAGCCGUCAGCUACGACCCGCUGGACCGGCUGGUCUACUGGCUGGACGGCCGACAGAACAUACGCAGGGCCAGAGACGACGGAGCCAUGUCGUCCAUGAUCGUGAGCAGCAGUGUUCAGCCGGUGGACAACCAGCUCCACGACCUGAGCCUGGACCCCUACAGCCGCCACAUAUACUGGACCUGUGAGACAACCAACACUGUCAACGUCCAGAGGAUGGACGGACACAUCGUGGGCGUGGUCCUGAAGGACGACACCGACAAGCCGCGGGCCAUUGUGGUCAACGCUGAGAAAGGAUACAUGUAUUUCACCACAGUGCAGGAGCGCUCAGCUAAGAUCGAGGGAGCCAGUCUGGACGGGACAGAGAGAGAGUCUCUGUUCACCACUGGUCUGAUCAGACCAGUGGCUCUGGCUCUGGACAACAAACUGGGGAAACUGUUCUGGGUCGAUGCCGACCUCAAACACAUCGAGAGCAGUGACCUGACGGGAGCCAAUCGCAUUGUCCUCCAGGACUCCAACAUUCUGCAGCCGACGGGGCUGACGGUUCUGGGCGAUCAUCUGUACUGGAUCGACCGGCAGCAGCAGAUGAUCGAGAGGGUGGACAAGUUGACCGGAGACGGACGUACGCGCAUACAGGGACGGAUCUCCUACCUGACCUCCAUCCACGCUGUGGAGGAGAUGGACCCACAGGAGUUUGCAUCCCAUCCUUGUUCCCGUGACAACGGGGGCUGCUCCCACAUCUGCAUCGCUAAGGGCGACGGAACACCUCGCUGCUCCUGUCCCGUGCACCUGGUGCUACUGCAGAACCUGCUGCACUGUGGAGAGCCUCCCACCUGCUCCACAGAGCAGUUCACCUGCUCCACGGGGGAGAUCGACUGCAUCCCGAUGGCCUGGCGUUGCGACGGCUUCCCCGAGUGCGACGACAGCAGCGACGAAGAGAACUGCCCCGUCUGCUCAGCCUUCCAGUUCCAGUGUGACAAAGGAGGCUGCAUUGAUGCCCAGCGGCGCUGCAACGGCGAACCGGACUGCGCCGAUCACUCCGAUGAGCAGGACUGCGAAAGUAGGUUCUCGCACGGGAACUGUGAAUAUUAGCUUUUAGAUGCUACGCUAAUACUGUAGAAAUGAGGUUCCGAGUCAGUUAAGUGUUCUCGGAGAUAUAGUGCUGUAAUGGAUCGGGAUUUUUAUUUGAUCCAGUUAGAAAUGACAGCAGGUGGCUCUAAGAGAACCCACACAUCCAGCCAUGAAGGAAGUCCACAGAAACCUCUCCUGCACUUUACUUUAACAGCCAGUAUAGCUCACAGCCUCAGAGUAUGUCUGGAUUUGCUUGCUUGGAGGGUUCCUGUUCAUCAGGUUCAUCGAAAACACAAUAUUCCAGAAAAUGCACAGUACUGAUAACACUUAACAUCAGAAAAUGUAUAAAUUAUAGGGUGCUAAAAUCAUAAUUUACAAUUAUUUUGGUCAUUAUUGACAUUGCAAUUACUGUAUGUAAAGUGGCGAUCUCAAAGAUUUAAAUAAGAUUUAGGUCAUCUCUCACGAAGGAGGUCACACAAAGGUGAUUGACCCCAUGGCCCUCUGAUGAAAGUAUUGCAAUAUUUAUACAUUUGCAGUAUUAACAACUGGGCGGGAAUAAAAAUGCUUUAUUAUAGUUUUUCGCCAUUGUACACACACAAAAAAUGGACCAAUGCACACAAUUCUGAAAAACAGCAUGUUAAUAUCGCAUUUCAGACGCAGCCAAAGGCCGCAUAAAAAACUAUAGAUAUGAAUGGUGAUGACGCGGUAAAAAAUUCACACACAAAGAAUGGUAAACGAGAAGGGGUCCGUGUUUCAGGACGGGUCGGUAGGUAGGCCGGGGCUUUACAUCAAUAUUAUAUCAAUAUUGUGGUUCAAGACUAGACGUCAUCUUAGAUUUUGGAUAACAUAAAAUGGCCUACGUGUUGUUUGUUUCUGGCUUUAAAGGCUGCAUUGCAGUAAUACAAUGGUGUUAUUUUCUGAGCUUACUGGACUGUUCUUGCUAGUUUAUUAUCCGUUAUAAUCAUUUUUUUUACCACAUUACUGAUGAUCGUUUAUCAAAAAUCUCAUUGUGUGAAUAUUUUGUAAAAGCACCAGUGGUCAACCCGAAAAUAUUGUCUCAAUAUCAUUAUAUACAAGGUGUUUUGUCAAAAAUAUAGUGAUAUUAUAUUCUCCCCAUAUCGACCAGCCCAGCACACCAAACAAACAUCCCUGACCUGCCGAGCCGGACGAAAGCACACGCUGUAAAGACGAGGAGUGCGCUGGAUUUAUAACACAAGACAAAACCAGAGCAUCAUUGAAAAACGGAAUGCGGCAAAAAUAGUCUUGUUUUCAUAAUCGUUGGAAGACAAAAUCUUAAUUUAAAAAUAAAACUUAAUUAGUAGC